CAUAAAUGUUGCAAAAUAUCAGUGAAGGCUUAGCAUAAAGAACCACUUUUUAAAAAUUUAUUUUUUAUAACUUAAGCCCAGUUUGAAGUGAUCUACGCCUGUAGCAGAGAGAAGUUUUCUUGGUCAGGUUUUUUGUUUAGAAAGCAGGUGAGCAUUUUCAUGUGUUAUACAGUUGUUUUAGUCGCUGCUCUUUUUUUUUUUAUUACUUAAAAGAAGAAAAAAAAUUAAUUAAAAAUAUUCACUGCCAUCGGUUUAUUAUUUUAAAGUCAAACACCGAUCUGAAAAGUUUGACACAUUUGAAAUUUACAACGUUUAAUUAUUGUGAACAUUUUUCUAUUGGCUUCCACGGUGAAGAAAAAUAAUAUAAAGAAAUAUUUAAAUUACAGAUUAAUUUAGCUUAAAUUAUUUUAAAAACCUUCGUUUGAAUUCUCCUCAACUAGGAGUUUAAUAAAAAAAUAAUAAAUCGCGGAGAAAAGAAAAGUAAAUAAUCUGGAAUUUUUGUUAUCCAUUAAAUCUCUUUCUCUUUUUCUCCCUUUCUCUCUAUCGCUAUCCGUCUCUAUUUCUGUUACACCUCUCUAUACCUAUCACUCCUCUCUAUCUCUUAUCUCCUUUCUAUGUCUUUCACUCUUCUAUAUAUCUAUCACUAAUCUCUAUCAGUCCUCUCGAUCUCUAUUAUUCCUCUCUAUAACUAGUAUGCCUCUAUAUCUCUAUCACUCCUCUCUACCUACAUAACUCCUCUCUAACUCUAUCACUCCUCUCUACCUAUAUCACUCCUCUCUACCUACAUCACUCCUCUCUAACUCUAUCACUCCUUGCUAUGCCUAUAAUUAUUCUAUAUCUUCAUCACUCCUCUCUGUCGCUUUUAUUCCUCUCUAACUCUACAACUUCUCUCUAUCUGUAUCAUCACUCCUCUCUGUCUCUAUCACUCCCUCUAUCUAGAUCACUCCUAUCUAUAUCUUUCACUCCUGCUUAUCUCGAUCACUCCUCUCUAUAUCUUUCACUCCUGCUUAUCUCGAUCACUCCUCUCUAUAUCUUUCACUCCUGCUUAUCUCGAUCACUCCUCUCUAUAUCUUUCACUCCUGCUUAUCUCGAUCACUCCUCUCUAUAUCUUUCACUCCUGCUUAUCUCGAUCACUCCUCUCUAUAUCUUUCACUCCUGCUUAUCUCGAUCACUCCUCCUCUCAAUAUGAUAUCCAGCUUUUUUUUUUUUUUCAAUUUUAAAGGACAGGCCUGCACAUUUCAAAAUGUAAGGCGGGCCGUAAUACUUUUGACGCCUGUCAUCUAUCGGGAUGAUAUGUAAUAAAAUAAACAAUGAGAUUAUUAUAUAUAUGAAUACACACACACACACACACACACAACAAAAUAAAAGCAAAAUUUAGUGUUAUUUCGAUAAUUGUCUAUCGCAAUAAAUGAACUCAUGAAGACAUUUACAGAGCUGUCGGGGGAAAUAUUAAAUAUAUCUUCAUGAAACUUAGCACAAAAUUAGUUUGGGAUGUGGGUCCAGGGUCACCAGAGUUUCUAGUGCCCAUGAGCAAAAUGUUAUUCCAAUGUUCUCACUGUAAAAUGUGGCACAGCUGACGCUAUCCCGUAAUGUAACACACGGCCGUGUGCACUCGGUGCCACUGCCAGUGUGUUGGUGAACCCCAGAUUACAACACGCAAACAGGUGGUACACACCCAGGAAACUCAAAAUACACACAUAGCACUGAAAGGUCUGCUUGUUACCUUUAUCACACUCGUCGGUCAUGCUUGUUACCCCCCCCCCCCCCCUAGCCCCCCCCCCCCCCCCCCCCCCCCGCAAACCCCCCCCCCCCCGAUAACUCAAGUUUUCCGGGGGGGGGGGGGGCUGCAGGAAGUAAAGUCCGAUAGAGAGUGGGCCGCAUAAAGUACUGCACAAACAAACGCGGUGGCAAAUUCAAUAAACAAACAACUGUUGCAACCUGCUCAGCCUUUUUCAAUAACAAAUAAAAAAAAAACAAUAGAGGUUCUCGAAAACUGGGCUUCACCUACUUCCACCUACUCCUUGUUGGCAGAGUCCUGGCAGCGCGUCUUCUUAUACAGAUGAGUGGGCCGUAUUGACACUGAACUUUGCUGUCAGGUAUGGCGCCGCAAAAUAUCGUCUUGCGGGGCGCCAAUGGACCGCGGGCGUCGAGUUUGAGACCCCUGUUUUAAGCCAACAGCAUUGUGUAAGCGUAGUUGGUCUUUCGGUUGCCUUUGUGUGCAUGUGUGUGCGUGCAAAUGUUGUUUGUUUCCCCCCUCCCGUAUCUGCGGUUGUCAAAAUGGGAUAGGUGGACACCGGAAAUGGGGUGGUACACGGGGGCGCCAGGAACCGGUUAGGGUAUACAAUAUUUCAAUUGACAUGGCGGAAAACGGAGGCGGCAUAGCUUAAAAAGGUUCUCACACCCUUUUAUUUUACGAGAAGCUUUAUUUUUAUUAUAGUCGGUGUACUUAUAAAUGGACAAUUUUAUCAACGUGUAUUGGAGAGAGAAAAAAAUUUUGAGCCGCUGGCCGUUGUCCUAUAUUCAUUUCUAAAAUGUGCUACAUGACACUGAAUCACACCGAUCAAGCUUUUAAUUUUAAAUGUUUUUUUUUUUUUUUUUUGUGCAGUCUUUUUGCUUUAAUCUUGAAAUGACGAUUUUUUAAAAGGACAUUUAAAAUAAUAAUAAUGAUAAUGCACAAAUUAUUAUUAUUAUUAUUAUUUUUAAUUUUAAAAUUAAUUUAAUUAGAUGAUUGUAGACGUUGGCGCAGUAAGAAAUUUUACGAGCUCUAGCUCCGCUGCAGCUCCGGGCAACUACAAAAAAAAGAAGAAAACAACAACAAAGAUGCUCCAGUGAUCCAAGUUUCCCUCAUAAUCUCUGUAAGUAAGUCAUUCCCUAGAAAACAUUUGAUAAAUUCCCAAACCUUGUUAUAGUUUUCCAUAGAAGCUGCUAACUUUUAGCUUACGCAAAGAGUAAAAAAAAAAAAAGGGAACCAAUGAAAAAAAUAAACUCAAAUAUCAUUUACUUUUGAAACAAAACAUAAAUAAAUAAACAGUUUUAAAUUUUUUUAAGAAAUUAGCUUCCCAUGUCUACCGAAUAAAUCAUAAUUUAACAUUAUUAUUAUCAUUAUAAUUAUUAUUUAGCUUUAGUGUAGUCAGAGUGUAGUACCAAUAUGAAACUAGUCAGAUGACAGUAAAUAAUAUUUUAAAAUUUAAAAUGAAAGCUCAAAUAAGAAAAAUACGUAUUUCACAAACAACUCCGCCCACCCCCCAAACACACACCAAAAUAAUUUAAUACAAGUAUGGUGCAGGAGGGGGGGGGCGAAAGCUCCACCGCAGUGCGCAUGUCUCGAGACCAACGAUGGGCAGGCAAGGGAAGGGAGGGGAGGGGUUGCCUGCGUCGUCUUGCUUGUGCUGGCGUAUGUAUAUGUAGCCUGCGCUUUGUUGGACGUAUUUUUCUCUGGCGAAUUAUAUAUAUUUAUAGAGAGAUGUAUGGCAAAUUAAAUACAUAAAAUUACUGUUCUUGAAAUUUAGAAAUGUUAUAAAUUAUCUUUACUUAUGCAAAAGCCUUGUCUACGCAGCACUAUCAGCCAUCCAGCAUUUGAAAUAAAAUAUUAAUUGCACACUGUGUUUGACAUUUGCACAAGAUUUCCAGCAAGUUCAUUAAUUUUUUUCAGAACUUUACAGUAUCAUAACUUACAUUUAUAUUCACAACCAUCGCCUGCUAGAUUUCUAUUUUAAAAAAUGUAAUUCCAGUUUUUAAAAAACACCAAAAAGCUCAAAAACAAAUGUAAAAAUUUGUCUUGGUUUUUAUCGGGCAUUUUCGUUUCUCGAAAUUGAGUGCAAGACAUUACAGAAGUGAAAAUAUUAUUUUAAAAAAUUCGUAAACACUGAGACACGGUUCCAUAUUUUCCCGGGGCCGGGUAGUCCCAGCUGUACUAAUACUCGGCAUUCCCGGUUUGCCGUGUCAGUACCUUUCUCAGACCUAAUUAAGUUUUAAAUUUUUAAAUUGCGUUUGUUGUUCGUUGUUGCAAACAAACUGUUCAUCGUCCCAUUUCGUCGUCGAAGGAAUUCAGAAUUCUCAAUCAUCAUCACGCCUGGGCUAAUAUGUUGCUAUUGUUGAUACAGUUUUUUUGUCCUUGACCAGAUGGAUAAACACAGCUAUGACCGAGAGACUUUUCUCCCCCCUGCCUCUGGCCAGCGUGACAACGUCAAGCAGUCUUAUCACAAAGCUCACUCUACUGGUCACGCGUCUUAUGACAAGCCCAGGGAAGUGUAUCCAGGGCGACAGAUUGUCGCGUACAGCCCACCGAACGAUAUGUGCGUGUACAGUCUUGACGACCAUCACCAACCUACAACCUCUUCCUAUUUACCUCACACCGCCAGGCAGCACGGAGAAUUGUUUUCGCAAAACCGCCAAGUGAUCAUUGAACGUUACCGAUACGAGCAGGUGAAACGCGUGCAGGAUUUAUUUUCCUUUAAAAAAAAAAAAGUUUAAUACGAGGGAAAUUUUAAGUCCAAUCUCAAUUAAAAAUGUUUUAUGCUAUUAGAUUAGCGCCUUACCAUUUUUGUUAUUGUUAACGUCUAUGACAAUGUUAAUUUAUUAUCAGUCAAAGAACCACGUACCAUCGUCGGUUCCGAAAUUUAUUAGUUUUUGUUCAUGAAUUUACUUGAAUGACCAUUUUCACCCGUUGCAGCUCUACAAAUGUUGGAUAAGCCAUUUGAUACUCAGCAUCUUUGUUAUCAUUUUUUGCGCUUGGCCCUGUGGUUUUGCUGCCUUCGUGAAGGCGUUUAAGGUAAACUAGAAAAUAUAACUGUGUGCUACAAGUUCUUCUGUAUGCUCAAGUUAGGAAAAUAAAUACAUUAAAUUAAAGUCAUUGACGAUGCUACAAGAAAGAAUAUAAUAUUUCUUUUUGCAUCUACUAAAAUUUACUAGUUGAAAAAAUAAUGUGAAACAAGUUAAGGUUAGGCUUUGAGGGAAAAAAAAUAUUUAAAGAUCGUUUUGGUCAAAAGCUUCCUUCAACAGACAAGACAAAAACAAGAAAAGUAUGUGUUCGAAGAUCUCAUUGUAGCUAUCCCAGUCUGUGUUCAGAAACGAAAACGAUCUAGAAACGGAUAUCAACUUCAAGCCUAAAUAAUUAAUUUUAUUUUUUGCUCCUCUAUUUAUUGACUUUACGCGACUUGAACGCAGCUCUUCAUUUAAUUAGCGAUCUGGAAAAGAAAAAAGUUUUACAGACUGUGAAACAUUCAACUAAAUAAACGAAAAUUUCUAAUUAAGUAGACGCAUGUUCCACUUACAGUUUGACCGAUUAACAUAUGUCUACAGAUGAAGGCUCAUGGGGGUGAAAGUUCAUCUUAUGCUGAUAGUGAAACCAUUAGAAAUGUUGGGUCAAAGAUUUCAAAAAAUAUAAUCAGGCAACGAUCUUUGUCAUGAGGAUUAACAUUUACAUUAACAUUUACAUUAACAUUUACAUUAACAUUUACAUUAACAUUUACAUUAACAUUUACAUUAACAUUUACAUUAACAUUUACAUUAACAUUUACAUUAACAUUUACAUUAACAUUUACAUUAACAUUUACAUUAACAUUUACAUUAACAUUUACAUUAACAUUUACAUUAACAUUUACAUUAACAUUUACAUUAACAUUUACAUUAACAUUUUUUCUUAAAAAGUAUUUUAUUUUAGUUAUAAGACCCUUGACUAAUUUUUACAGUAAUUUGAACGGGGGCUUUGAGUUGAGAUCGGAAUAGAGCCCUAUUUUAGACGUUAAUUUCGGUUUUGGUCGUCAGCAGGGUUCGGUUCGGGUUCAGUAACAACCGAAGCUCGGGUUCAGUGCGUUUUGUAACAUGAAAUUAAUUUGGUUUUAAUUGAAAAUAGAGAAAAAAUAUUGUACACGUAUUAUAAACAUAAAAGUUAUAUAUAGAAAUUUAAAAAAACAAACAUUCUUAAGCCAUUAUGAUACACCGAGAUCUGUACUAUAAUAUAACUAUAAACAAACAUCAGAGUCGCUCAAAUUUAAUAAAAGGAAGGAAACAUUCAUUUGUAUUGGGUUUAAGGUUAGGGCUUCUUGAAGGACGAUUCCAAAUAUUUUUUUAAGUAAAAUCAAUCCUUUCAACGAGACGGGCUACAUUUGUUUUGUCAAUCACAGCGCAAUAUUUUCGCAAACUUCUUGAGUAAAAUGAGUAAUCAAAUGAAAGAUAAUUGAAUGGACUAUAUGUUUGUAAACUUACUACUUCAGUUUAACUAAAAUAAACUACCACAAAUAACAUCCGAAUAGGAAUUAGUUUAAAGGGACCCGGCUUCGAAUAGCGGCUAUGCGGUUAUAUUAUACCCAUUCCCUCGUCUACUGUUCUUUGACUCCCCUUCCUUCGUCUGCGGUUCUUUUGCCUAAAGUUCCUUCUUCUACGGUUCUUUUGCUCCCAUUCCUUCAUCUAUGGUUAUUUCGAUUCCAUUCCGUCGUCUACGGUUCUUUUGCUCCCUUUCCUUCGUCUACGGUUCUUUUUACCCAUUCAUUCGUCUACGGUUCUUUUGCUCCCAAUUCCUUCCUCUAUGGUUCUUUUUCCUCCAUUCAUUCGUCUACAAUUGUAUUAUUCCAAUUCCUUCAUCUACGGUUCUUUUGUAUCAAUUCCUUCGUCUGCGGUUCUAUUAUUCCCAUGUCUUCGUCUACGGUUCUUUUGCUUUCAUUCUUACGUCUACGGUUCUAUUAUUCGCAUAUUUUGGCUACGUUCCUUUUCUCUCAUUCCGUUUUCUACGGUUCUUUUGGUACCUUUACUUCAUCUACUGUUAUUUAGCUUCCAUUCCUUCGUCUACGGUUUUUUUAUCCCAUUCCUUCAAUCACGUUUUUUUAUCCCAUUCCUUCAAUCACGUUUUUUAUCCCAUUCCUUCAUUCACGUUUUUUUACUCCCAUUCCUUCAAUCACGUUUUUUUUAUCCCAUUCCUUCAAUCACGUUUUUUUUACUCCCAUUCCUUCAUCCUCGGUUCCAUUGCAUUGACUUCAUUGUUCACGUUUUCUUUGCUUUCGAUCCGUCAGACAUCCGUCUAAGUUCCUCUUAUUGAAAUGUCAAUCCCGUGAGUUUCCCAUUCUCAUAUUAACACGGUGCCCAUGUUACGCGCGUCAAUCAGCCCGGCCCAGUUAAUCUCUGUCCAAAGUGACAUCAGAACAUCGCAGCCAACAGCUACUGUAAACGAACUACUUAACAUUAACUCAAAAAACCCAGUCUGCCUACCAAUAAAAUUAAAACUAUAUACCAAUAAAAAAUAAUAUUACUUUUAUUUUCUAAGAGCUCCAUUUUUUCAUUAUGCCCUCAGAUACGUAUAUACAGUAAUGAAGGCAGGUACCAGGAAGCCGAGAGCUAUGUAAAAGAGGCAGGGAGGUGUAGCAUCAUUGGCAUCGCUUGUGGGAUACUGUGCUACCUAGCUUUGGGACUCUAUAUUUUUCUUCAAUCUAAACAAUCAUAAUUUAUUUCAGAGAGCCUCAUCGUUUAUGCAAAUUGCUUUAAAAAUAUUUUUUUUGAUUAAUGGAAAGUUACUGAUGUGAUGUGACCGAAUAAAAUGUAGGUCUAUUUUAAUCAAUUGAAAGCCAUUGACGAGCCGUUUAGUAAACAUAUUAAAUUGCAGACAUGAAAAGACAGUUUUAUUUGUAAUUAUGCUAUCCAAAUUACACCGAAGUCAAAAUAAUAUAUAAAAUGAUAUUAUAUAAUAACAUAUAUUUUGAGGCCAUUAAAAUAGCUAUCAUCACCCAUGGCACUACAGCCCACGUGAGGUUCUGGCCUGCUCCACCACAUUCUUCAAUCACCCAUGGCACUACAGCCCAUGUGAGGUUCUGGCCUGCUCCACCACAUUCUUCAAUCACCCAUGGCACUACAGCCCACAUGAGGUUCUGGCCUGCUCCACCACAUUCUUCAAUUCAGGUCGGUCUAUGGCUUUUCGUCUCCAAGCGCGGACAAAUAAAAAGGGUAUCCUCAGAUUUUAAAACAACAUAUUCUGAUUUUGAAAACUGCAACCGAAAACCUAUAAAUGCACCAAAUGUUUAUGAUUUAUAGAUAAGUUGGCAUACAUAGGAAGAUCGGGGGGCAUAUGAGCGAUGUAGCGUUCAACUGGAGUUUUUAAAAGGAGUUUCUUGAAGAGAUUACAUCAUAGUUUUUUUUUUAUAGUGUUUACAUUUGUUGUGUAGAUUAAAUAGAAGGAAUUGACUAUCUCUGGUAAACGAAAAUCUAUAAAAAUGUAAUCAUCACAGAGACGGUGGAGUUAGUAGAAACCUAAUGGAGAUGUGUUGAAUUGUGAGAUUUUCUGUUUCCUUUUGUUGUUUGUUUGCUUGUUAGAUUUUUGUUUCCUCUUGCCAACUUAAUACGCUAUAAAGUUAUUAUUUAAC